AGUUUCCUUGGUGUUUACUGAAAGUCCCAGCAAAUAAUAACAAAAUGCAAGUCAUAGUUUUAAAAAGCCAACAAAAUUGAUAAUAUGAACUCAUAAAUCUUUUGUGGUUGUAUGACGUGAAACUCCACACAAAAGGUCGGUUCUCUAUUGAUUGGACGAGUUAUUCCAUAUUCCCGUAACUAACAAUUACAAUUCGAUGAGACGUUGACCCCAACGUUAAUAUUACUCAUUUUUGGCAACAUGGCGACAGUAAAUACUUCAGAAACCCUUAAGAAUAAAUGCCUUCCCCAAAAAAGUAACAACAUAUCCACCAAAGGAGAAGAAAACCACUUAGGUAAUGGGGAAAUGUUGGAUAACGAUUUGUGUUUGGAUUUAACGACAACAUCUAAUAGCAUUACCACAGAAGGACCCAAAUGGCACACCCCCGACAAAGGACCAGAAAAUAACUACUUUAAUUGUUCGAAAACAUCAAACAAGAAUGACUAUUGUAAGAACAUCAGAAGUCAUAUAAGCGAAGAGAAGACAAUAGAACAGGCUGAAGGUCCUUAUGUCACAGAGUUCAGGAGUCCCUAUAUGAACCACCAGAUGAUCCACUCAUGGGAGACGUUUUCUAAAUACGACUUGGGUCCCUAUCAAUGGUCCAGCAAAUCCAGGAUGACUGAUCAUAUGAAAUCCCAUUCAAAUAUUAAUCAGUUUCCUUAUGGCGAUGCAAAAUUGAUUGAAAAGGAGACAGAGGGUGUCGCUGACCCUUCGCUAAAUCGUCCAAAGAAACGAAGACAGAAGUACUCGGCCAAGGAGAGGAAAUGCUCUUAUUGUUUUGCUACAUUUACUAAUAGUGACUUAUAUUGGGCACACUAUAAGACUCACUUAAUUAACAAAAAAAUAUUUGCAUGCCGCCAUUGUGCGUUUGUUACGGAGUACAAACACCACUUUACGUACCACAUACAGCAACACAAGGGCAUUAAACCCUUCAAAUGCAACCAAUGUUCCUACGAAGGUAUCUCCAAAUCUAUGCUGAUAUCUCACCUGAGACUUCACUCGGUCGUCCAUCAGUAUCGUUGUGAUGAUUGUGAUUUUGGAGGGAAGUACAUACGUCAACUGUUGAGCCAUUUAAAGAAGACCGGCCAUAAGCCUGGUCAGUUUUUGAAACCAGAUGGUACGCCGGACGAUCGAAAAUGUCUUAAAGUUUAUAGGGAAGACAACAAGCUCAAAUUGUGUAUUAGGUUCAAAGGUGAAGAGAGUGAAUCUGGUUUUAAAUCAGAUGAAGGGACCAAAGAUGUGGUAAGUGGGAAUAUGGCGACCGUUCACCUCCCAAAUAAUUCAGAAACUCUUAAAAAAAGUAACGACAAAUCCAAUAUAGGAGAAGUUAAUGAGAAAAUUUUGGAUAACGAGAUAAUCUCAAAAGAAACCAAAAAACCGAAAAACAAAAAGUGCGUUCAUUGUUUGGAAAUAUUUUCCGAUAUGGAUGACUAUUGGAAACACAUAAGGACUCACAUGAGCAAAGAAACGAUGAUAGAAUGUUCCGAAUGUCUCUUCGUCACGGAAUACAAACGUCAUUAUAACUAUCACAAGAAGUUCCACUCUGGAAAGAUGUAUAAAUGUGAUCAGUGUCCCUAUCAAUGUCCCAUAAAACAGAGGAUGACUGAUCAUAUGAAAUCGCAUUUAAACUUUCGUCAGUUCCAUUGCGAUGAUUGUGACUUUAAUGUGAAAUAUAUACGACAGUUGCAGCUGCAUAGUCAGAAAACUGGCCAUAGUUUUAGUCAAUCGAAUGCAACCCUGGACAAACUGGAUAAAAGGAAAGAUGUUGAUGUUUCUGGCGACCACAAGGGCACGAUUGAGACCGAAAAUAUUAAAUCUGAACAAAUUUUUGAGGUUGACGAUCCGAAAUUUAUUGACAUACUUUAUCCAGAAGUUAUCCUUACAGUAAAUGAAGACGUAACAUUGGAAUUUAAUGGCUCACUUGAAAAUAAGAGUUACAAAACAUGUGAUUUCUGCAAUUUUCAGUUUAAUAAGAAUGGUGAUACACAUAUGUCUUAUCAUAAGAAGAACGAUCCUUUUAUAUGUAAUGAAUGUGAUUAUAACUGUGUUAAUAGUACAGGUUUUUAUUGUCAUCUUAUAACAAAGCAUCAAAUAGCUAAUUAACGAAUUUAAAAUAACUAGUCAAAUUAAUGUUUGUACUUGAUUUUACAACAAAAAUAUUAAUGUAAAUUUGUUUGUAACUAAUUUUAAAUAAAUAAUUUUA